AGCUUUUCAAAAAUUUAUAAUUUACAAGAUAAAAGUACUAUUAAAAAUGUUAAGAGCAACACUGUGUUGUUAGAAGCUGUUCAGACAGUUAAGAAGAAUUUGAAGGUGAGUUCUUUAGCCCAAACAACAAAUAUGGGUAGUGAAAAUGAUGCAAACAAUGAUGGCACUGCAAGCAGCGUUAAAAAGAAGCAAGAAGACCUACAUUGCAGCGGAUUAAAAAGUAUUAAAAUUUCAGCAUCUGAAAUGGAAGAAAAAAAUCAGAAAGUAAAUGAUGUUAAAAAAGUAAAAGAAAAGAUAACUGCAAAGAAAGCAUUUAACCUUCCCAUUAAAAAGAUUUUGAAAUGCGAAAAAUGUUCAUUUAUGACAAAGAAGAAAUCUGAUAUGAAACAACAUAUAUUAGACAAUCAUACAGAAGCUUCUAUACCAGACAAGCCCAAAUUGUGUCUGAAAUUAGAUAAACAAGAAGAUCAGUUAAAUAAAACACAAGAAGCAUCAAAAUCUGUUGAAAAUUUGUCUGAAACUAAAAUACAGAGUUCUAAAGUCAGUGAAAAAAUUAAAACCAGAAAACGUAAAGUUUCUACAGCAGUAACUCGUAAAGGAAAGUUAAAUAAACAUUUAUAUGAAGUGAAUGUAGCAAGAACAUUUUCUUGUGGCAAGUGCAAGAAGUCAUUUGUAAAGGAAGUUGAUCGUUUGAAACAUGUGAUGGAAGGUACAUGCACGCCUCGUGUUACCAUUGAAAAGAAUUUAAAAAGUGAAGAUGAUGAACAAUUAUCUGGGGACGACAAUGAUGUUGAUUCAGACAGUAAGUUAAUUGGCUCAGACAAAGACAGUGAUCAAUAUAAUUAUAGCCUGUGUACAUCAAUCCUGAGACGUUUCUAUCUGAAACAUCAAGACCUCCAAUUACCAGUUAGUACUGACAAGUGCUUUAGAUGUGCCGUCUCUUUAAAAACAUUGGAGCAGAAAGUCAUCCAUGUGUGUCGUGAAAAUUCAAAAAAUAUUUAUUUUUGUCAAGAUUGUGGUAAAAUCAUUACUUCCAAAAGAGGGUAUUUACUGCAUAAAGACAAAUAUCCAUUCAGGUGUCCAUCGUGCAAGUUUGGGUUUUUAAGAGAACACAUUUUAAAGAGACAUUUGCAAAAAUGUGGCAGUGCCAAAGAAAUGAGAUAUUUAGCCUUGGUUGAAUCCUACAGAGAGAAGAAUAGAUCUUUAAAAAAGGAAAUAGGUCUAGCUCAUCAUAGGUGUCACAUGUGUAACAAGCAUUUCUUGUCAGUUAGAAGGCUUAGAUUUCAUCAACAAAUGGUCCAUGAUAUCAUUCCAAAUCCAAAGUCAACCAUGAUGACUGGUAUUGCUGGUUCUACCAAAAUUAACAAAUAUAUUUUUGGAAAGACUUAUACCAUUCGUUCCAGCAGGAACAGCAAAGAAGCGAAGAAGAUUGUUGAUAAAAAGGCUACUGACAUUGAACAGAUUCUUGGAAGAAAACAAAUAUAUUACCUGUUUACUGAUGAAAAAAGCCCAGAAGCUUUGCAUAAUAGUGUGCCAAUGGAACCUUCUAAAAGAAAAUCAGAGUUAAAACCCGUGGAUAAGUCAGACCCUGAAAACUUGGGCACUGAAUAUGGUAUCAUGAUGGAUCAACAUGGCUCAGUGAUUACUAAAGAAGUUUUAAAUACAGCCCAUGCUGCAGAAGAUACAAGUGACAGUUUGAGAUCCAAGGAGCUGAAACCAUUCUCUGAGUUUAUUGAAUACAGUGGUCAUAUCCCAGAAGGCCUUGAAUCAUAUAAACCACUCAUGAAGGCAUAUAAAUGUGCAGCUUGCAGCAUCUUAUGUGCUGAUGAAUUAAGUUUCAAAAGACAUAUGCUUACUGUUCAUUUAAAAGGAGCGCAAUGCAAAGUUUGCAAGAAGAAGCCUAUAACUGAGAAAGGACUCUUGGCUCAUAUGAUAGAUAAACAUCUAGUUGGAGAACCUCUGACAUGCCCAGAAUGUAAUAAAGCAUUUAAAAAGACCAAUGCUUACUGGAGGCACGCAGUAUUGCAUAUUGAACGCUUCAGUUGUGAGGUGUGUUGUCGAGGUUUCCGACAAAAGAGGGAUCUGACCGACCAUUUGAAAGUACAUGUAGAAGUGAAAGAGUUUUGUGUCAGGUGUGGCCAAGUGUUUGACAAUCAUGACCUUCUAAGAAUACACAGCUGGAAGGAACAUAAAGUAAGAAUGAAUAAGAGGUUAACGCCACUGCAUAUAAGAACACAAAGGAGAUACUUGAGGCCAAAGAGAAAGAGAAAGAAGACAAUUCAAAUGACUAUUGAUACGACUAAAAAGACGGUCGAGUCAGCAGUGGUGGAUGCUGGAACAAAGACUAAAGACGAGGCGACACCUUCCAAGGGAUCAGAUAAACAAUUGACCCAGAGUUCAACUGUUACUGACAGCAAUCUGAAAAGUAUUGAUGUCCCAGAUUCUGAUGUUACUAUCCAACUAUUUGCCGAUGGUACACUUGUAACAAGAGAUAAAGCAGGCACCAAUUACAGUCAAGUUAAGUUAGAAGAUCUAGGUUUAGAUUUGUCAAUGUUAGAAGGAAACACUGACAUUGAGCUGCUCAUUGUGCAAGGGGAUGGUAAGGAAGUCAGAGCAACUAUUAAUACUAGUAAGCAUGUUAAUCCAACAACUGAGUCAGUAACCUCAGACAGUAAAAGUGCCUCAAUCACAACUGCAGCAUCAUCUACGUCGGGAACUAAGUUAACGGCAAGUACUUCUGUAUCGACUGAUCGUACACCAGCCGUUAAUGAAGCAAGGCCAUACAAAUGUUCUAUGUGCCCACGGACCUUUAAGUUUUAUAGGACCUUCAGAUGCCAUGAAAUUGUUCAUACCAAGGCUGUCACGUUCACUUGCCACUUAUGUCAGCGUCUUUUUGCAAGAGAAGUCAAUCUCCAGUCUCAUUUGGAACUGCAUAAGAAGAAAGGCGCUAUGAGAUCAACAGAGGAAGAAAAAAGGAGAGCUGAAAAUAAUAAUAAGUGUGAACAGUGCAAAAAGAUUUUCUCAAGUGUGAAUGCAUUGCAACGUCAUAUUAAAGACAUGCAUGAAGAACAUCCUAGAGUUCCCUGUCCAAUCUGUGGAAAAAUGUUUAAGAAUGAAGGAAAUGUACAACGGCAUUCAAAAAUCCAUGUUGGACCAUUUACCUGUCCUCACUGUGUCAAAGUUUUCACGGAUCGAAUAGAAUAUUACGAACAUAUAAAGUCUGAACAUGAAGAUCUAAUGUAUCAUUGUAAGGAAUGCAGUGCUGUUUUACCUAGUAAAAGGGCUUUUGUGAAUCAUACAAAAACACAACAUGCUAAUUCAGAUGAGCUGAUUGACGACAUUAAAGGUAAAGAAUGCACGAUCUGUCACAAGAGGUUUGAGGAUGAGUCCGAGUUAGAAACCCACUUGUUGGUUCAUUCUAUUACAAAGAGUCAUGAGUGUCCUGCUUGCCACAAGAAGUACAAGCUUCUAAACACAUUAGAGAAGCAUAUAAAGGAAGUACACAAUAAUGAUGUUAUUUUUACCUGCUCUAAAUGUGACGAAAAGUUUGAACAGAAAGGAAAGCUUGAUUUACAUGUAAAGUUAUUUCACACAGGAAAUUACCAAUGCCUCACCUGUUACGAAGAUUUCCCUGAACGAACAAUGCUUGAAGAGCACCAGCACAAAGAUCAUGACUUUGCCCUUGAAUGCUCCAAAUGUAAAGAAAAAUUUGAAACAUCUCAGAAAUUGAAGAAUCAUCUGAAGGAGCACACUUCACAAAACAACCUUUGUGACAUUUGUGGAGCUGGUUUUGAACACAAAGCACAACUGAGAGGCCAUCUUAUUAACAAACAUUUUGGAAGAGAAAAGACAAGCAUGUUGAAGCAGUAUCCAUCUAUGAGUAGUGUAAAUAUUGAGGUUGUUUGUGAUCUCUGUGGAGAGUUCUGGCAUAAUAAACCAUUAUACAAGCAGCAUUUGAGGGACAUCCAUUUUGGAGGAGAUUCUGUCGAAAUGUUGAAAUUGUUUCCAACUUUUGAAAAAAUCGCAGACCCACCUGAGCCAGUUACAUGUGAUCAUUGCGGUAAAAAAUGCAGUAGCAUGACACAGUUGAAUUUCCAUUUAAGGACUCAUGUAACCUCAAAGAGAAAGUCAGUACAAACUGAAGAAGAGGAGUCUUACUCAAGUGAGGAUGAGCAAGAUCCAUAUGAUUUUACAAAUAUAGAACCACGUGAAAUGGACAAAGACUAUGAAUGUAAAAAAUGCAGUGCACAGUUUUCAAGGAAAGCGGCUCUAGAGAAACACAUGUCAGUUCAUAAGAAGGAUGAGUUUAAGGAAGCCUUGAAACAUCUUGAAAAAGAAGAAAUUGCCAGAGCUGAGUUGGAGGAGAAAGAAGGAUACAAACCUACAGCAAGUGUCAAAAAGGUAGCAAAAGAAUCGUUCAAAAAAAUUGUGAAAACUCCAAAACAAGGAAAGGCAGGAAAAUUAAAACUUCCCUUUCCUAAAACUAAAGCUGAGCCAUCACCUUCAUCUGAUACUACUCCAAAUAAGAGGAAAGCUUCAAAAGUACAUAUUUGUAAAGUUUGUAAAGAAAUUUUCAAAACAACUGAUGAAUUGGUUGUUCAUAUGCAUAAUGAUCAUGAUGAUUUUGACUUCAAAGCAGAUACCGAAAGACCGUCAGGUGAGCAAUUAGUAGAAUUUGAUUUAUUAGCAUUUCAUUGUAAAUCAUGCGACAAAAGAUUUACCUCGAGGAAGAAUUUAAGAAAACACUUAAGAGGUGUUCAUAAAUAUUUAGAGAAGACACCAAGUUCAAGUGAACUGUUCAAAUGCACUGAAUGUGAGAGGGAAUUUACCAUGAAGAGUAAUAUGGCCAGACAUAUGAUGGCAAAGCAUGACAUCAAAUUAGAUGGAGAUGAAUCUGAAUCCCCUACCAAAACUGGUAAAAGAGAGGGGAAAAUAAGUGAAGGAUCAGAUGACAGUAAUGAAUCAAUGGAUGAAGAUAACUCCACAGAUAUUACAUCUUUCCUUGGAAAAAAUUUCAAUCUUGGAAAAACCCAUUCAUGCAACAUACAGUCUGUAAAGAAGAAGCAACACAAGUGUACUUUGUGUGGGGAAGGAUUCAGUAGAGAUGCUACCCUUAAAAAACACCUCGCAUUGCAUGCUACAGAUGAUAUUGAUUAUGAUAGUAAAACCGAUAUUGAAGACAUGUCAGAUUUGCAGCCAGCCAUAUACACUUGUAUAUCAUGUGGCAAUGUGUAUUCCACAGCUUUAGGUUUGAUUCACCAUACAAGAAGUAAGCAUUCUGAAGUUGACGAAGAAACCGUUUUAGCUCAGAUUGCAGAAAUAGAUGCACAGUUAAAAUUGGACAGUUCUCCUAAGAAGAAACCCGAAAAAGAAUCAACUAAAAUAAAUAAGAAAAGAAAAUUUGAAGCAGAAGCUGCUGAUGAUGCUCGUGAAAAUGCAAAGAAAAGGCUGAAACUUGACAGGGAUGGCAAAGAAUCAUAUGAUUGCAAGUUCUGUGGUGCUGUAUAUUAUACUUAUAAAGGACUGAUUAAACAUGAAAGUGAAGUACAUGAUGGCGAUAAACUGGAAAGCCCACAAUCUGUAAAGUAUAGUCAUUCAGGAAGAAUGAUCACUAAAAGUAAAAAAUUAAGCGAACAAAUUCAUUGUGACAAAUGUAACAAGACUUUCCUUGAAGAGAAAGGGCUAAAGCAACACAUAAUGAGAGUCCAUAAAAUGGAGGAGACUGUGAAAGCAAAGCCUGCAGGUACAAACUAUGGAGAAUCAAAAUGUGACCUUUGCCCAAAAGAAUUUGAUCAGAGAAUAAAUCUAAGAAGACAUAUGAAAAUGAAGCAUAACGUUGAACUGCCCCCAGAAUCAAUGAGCACAUCUUUAAUUGAAUCUCCAAAAGGGAAUUUGGUAUAUGACUGUGAUGUUUGUAUACAGAAGUUUUCAACAUUAUCUAGUCUACGUAAUCAUAUGAUGUCUGCUCAUGAUGAAAAAGAUGUUGAGGUUAUCUCUGAAGAUAAGGUAUGCAAUAUAUGCAGUAGCACAUUUGCCACUGAAAAAGCCUUGGAAGUACACAUGAGAAAACAUACAGGGGAGAAACCAUACAAAUGCUGUCUUUGUAACAAAGAUUUUAUCUCAAAGUACCAACUUGAAAGUCAUAUGAUAAAGCUUCAUCCUAAACAAUGGGCAAAAAAAGUGAAGUGUAAAAUUUGCUUGAUGUUAUUUGAGACACAGAAAGCUAUGUUAAAGCAUAAGGUUACACAUAGAAAACCACUUGAUUCCAAGGAACCAAAGGGCAGCCAGAGUGAACCAAGUCAACACAAAUGCAAUCAUUGUGAAAAAAUGUUCAGAUGGAAAAGGAAUCUUGUGUCCCAUGUAGAAGUUUACCAUACAGAAUCUGAUCCCCAGACUUGUGGAGUAUGUAAUAAAGUCUUUCCAGACAAAGAAAGUAUCAAGGAACACAUGGUAAUACACAAUAAAACUAAAAGAGAGCUACCAACUUGUAAAAUAUGUGACAAAACAUUUAAGAAACAGUCCAGUCUCAAAAUGCAUGUAGCUCAGCUGCAUAAGGAAAAAUCUCCACCUAAGGGUAGUAUGUCUUGUGAUAUUUGCAAGGAAAGUUUUGCAACAAAGAUGAAACUUUUAGAACACAUGUUGUCACAUACAUCUGUAAUGCCACACAAAUGUGACAUUUGCUCUGCAUCAUUUCAUCUAGAAAUGAAGUUAAAAGCCCAUAAGUUGACUCAUAAGUUGAAAGAAAAGAAGACUGAAGGAAAGAAUAUUCUAGGAAAAGGCAAAGGAAAAGUUGGUGAGGAGAAGGUGAUUACCAAAACUAAAAAGGAUCUUAAAUUUCAGUGCAAGAAAUGCAGCAAAAAAUUCAGCGAAGCAUUGUUAUUAAGAGCACAUGUUUCAAAAGUUCACAAAACAAAGCUGCUUGUAAAAACAUCCCUUCCCAAGGAAAGAGUUACAAGGUCAAGAUCACUAUCAGAGACAAAGACAAAUACUGUAAAACCAGCCUCAUCAAAAGAGAAAACACAGUUGAAAGAAAAGAAAGUUGUUAAAAAGGAGCUGAAGAAAACUCAGUCCAGUUUCUGUAAGAAAUGCAAUUUGAAUUUCAUCAAGAAGGAUGCUUAUGAGACCCAUAUGUCAACUGUACAUGAAAAAGAGGACCAGGGAAAGAAAAUACUUACAAAAGGUUCAGGGAAUGUUGAUAAACCAAAGAAAACUGAGAAGUCAUCCGCAAAUAAAAAAAGUGAUGAGAAAAAAGAAAGUGUAGGCAAAGGUCCAGGAAGUGCUAAGCUCGACAAACAAUCUACAAAGAAAAAAAGUGAGGAGAAAAAUAAUACAGUCGGAUUUGAUUGUCCAAUCUGUAAAAAGAUAUUUUCCAAACAAUUCAAAUUGAAAACUCAUAUAAAGAAUGUACAUAAGGUUGUGAUGGAAGAUUCACCUUCAUCAUCGGAUAGUAAAAGAAAGAAGUGCCUGUAUUGUAACCAAUGCGCAAGAGUUUUCUGGAGUCAAAAGCAAUAUGAUACUCACAACAAAAAAUUUCACCCUGAUAAAGAUGCAUUAGAACUAGACAAACAGGUGAUGGAAGCAAUGGGAGAAGGAGAUAUUAAGACUGAACCAGCUGAUGUCAUGUCUCCAAAGCAUGCAGAAUUUGAGACAAUUCAGCAUAAGUGUGAAUUUUGUUCAAUGGUUUACUGGACAAAGAAACUUUUUGAUGAGCACAUGCUGAGUGAACACCCCGAGCAUGCAGCUGAGUAUGGCAUUACUGGCGAGGAUGACACAUCAAGCCCUGUAAUAGAAUUUGUAAAUGACAGCGAAGAUAUGAUAGGAAAUUUGUUGUCAGUUGGUUCUUAUGAUGUAUCUGCCUGCAACAAAUUAUCAAGUCUUCCAGUAGUGUCUAUUCAGAGAAUUAAUGGAAAGCUUGAUAACAUGGCUCAAAAUAAGGAACAAUCCUCUGAAAAAGAUGAUGCAGGUGAAAGCAGCUCUGAUGCAGAAUCUGAAGAUGCAGAUGAAUAUACUAAAGAGUAUGAAAAGUUUUUGCAGAAUUCAGUUAUUGAUGUCAGUGAAAAUACUGAGGAAAAUGAAACUGAAGAUGAGCUAGUAAUUGGUAAAAGCAUAGAAAAGAAUGAAGCUGAAGUUGAAAAUUUAGAUGAACCAGUUACUAAAGAAAACACUGAUGAUUGGACUGCAAAUGAAGAUACUACAGAAAUUUUGGAUACCAAAUUUGAUGAGAAUAAAGAUGCUGACUCAAGAGCUGAAUUAGAUGAAGGAAAAGAUCAUGAAAAUCAGGGAGAAAAUGAAGAAAACAUGGAAUCAGAGGAAGAGACUGCUGAAAAAGCUGAAAUUGGUAUAACUGAAAAAGAUGAAAUUGGUAUAAUAACUAAAAAAGAUCAAAUUGGUAUAAUAAAUGAGGAGGAUAGUUCUGAAUCUAACCAGUUACUAGAUGAACCAAAAGAAAGUGAUGAACAAGAUGCUGCCAAUGAUGAGCUAAUAACUAAAGAGGAUGCAAUUCCAGCAAACAUUGUAGUGGAAGAAAAUCUUGCUGACCAAUCUGUAGAUAAUUGUAUUGAAGAAUGUGAUAAAUCUGAAGUUGCAAAGGAUCUGACAAGUAAUGAAACCAAUGAAGAAAAUACAGAGGAAUCUGAAAUUGAGAAAGAACAAGAGGUAAUUGACUGGGAAGCUAUUGAUAAUGAAAUAGAAGCUGCAGUUCAAGAUGAUAAUGAUGAGGAAUUGCUAGAUGAUGAGGAUGGUGAAGAAAGAGAAGAUAAAAGUUCUCAAGACAUGGAAUUAGAGUCAAAGCAAGAUAUUUUAAUAUGCAAUGAAGAUGAAAAGACUGAAGCUGUAGAAGAUACUGGGUUUGAAAGUUGUGAAACCGAAAGUAAGGUUAUUGAAGGUGCCAGUAUUUCUGAAAAUAAAGCAAAUGAAAACAAUGAAGAGAUCGUUUCAGAAAUAUGUAACAUAAAAGAAAAAGAUGAUGAGGUGGUUUCAGAAAUAUGUAAUAAUGAGAUGGACAAUGCUGAAAGUUCUGUUGCAGAAACAGUAGUUAGCGAGUUUAUAGAAAAUAAAGAAAAUGAUGAAAUAAACUUUGAGACUGGAGAAAAUGUAAAAGUGGAUGAAAUUCAGAACAAAGAUGCAACGAUUGAGGCAGAGACUGUUAAGUUUGAGAGCGAAUAUACUUUAGAAGAGAUGGAUACUUCUUGAAUUGUGAGUUCACAUAAAAAUUAAAAAACAAACUGUAUAUUGUCACAGAAUGGCAGCAAAUUACUGACUCAUGCUUCAUAGUCCAGUUGGUCAACUACUAUAAUAUACCGGUAUAAUAAUUAUUGAAGUGUGCAGUGAAAUACUGCAGUGGAUAAUUUUCUGUACUAAAUCAUUGGUGAAAUUUGUAAGAAUGGUGAUAUAUAUUGUUAUGAAUCAGGAUAUUAACAUUUUAAAUGUCGGUAAAUUAUUCAUAUUCAUUGAACAGUGAUUCUGAAGGAAUGGUCAUCAGGGUUUUUUUUUUAAGGGAGAAGAAAGAAAUGUAUACAAAGGAUGUCGUAAGAAUUGGGCAUUUGAGAAUUCUAUACAAUUAAUUUUGUUUUAUUGUUAUUUUUACCUUCCUGUGUGUUCAAAUAUUUUCUGUCAAAGGUAAAUGUAGUAGAAUGAACAAAACUUUUUUUAAGGAAAUGAUUGUAUAUACAAUAGUUAUUUACUCGCACAGUUUACUGUUCUUAUUUUAAUUCUAAUUGUCUACAUAUGAAUAAUUUGUACUGUUACAAUUUAGUCCAUAUUUUUUAUACUUUAUUAAGUAUUUCAGAAAAAAGCAUAUUAACUGCCUUAUUUGAUACCUAGAUUUAAAAGGAGAUUGAUUAAAUGAAAAAAAAUACCAGCUUAUGGACCUAUAAUAGAAAUUGUUUAAAAAAAAUUAAUGGUCAGCAUUAGUUUGCAUGAAUUUUUGUGCUAGUCUGAGCUUAUUUCACCACAAAGUCAGCAGUGAAUAGAAUUAUUUGAAAUUUUAAUCAAAUGGUUAAACUUAUUUUGAGAUAUAUUGGCUUUUAUAGAAAAAAUUAAAAGCAAAAAUUGAAAAAUUAGACUACCGGCAUAUUUACUGUUUAGGAAAACAUCACAGUGUCGCAUAAUUGUUCAUUUGCAUGAAGUAUGUCAAAGGUUUUAAGAUUGGAUAUUGUAGGUGUAAAAACUGUUUGUCAUGUGACAGUAUAUUUGCUAAAUAUGGAGUGUACUUAAGUCAACAUAACAUAGUAACUAUAAUUUUUGAACAAUUGUAAAAGUAUUUAAUUACAAUUCCUAUAGCAACUGGAAAAUAUCGGACAUAUAUGUUCUGAAUUGUGGUAUUUAAUAACAAAUGUUUGCUAUGAUGUAGAAUAAUUUGCAUUUCUAAUGAAUUUGUUAUGUCAUUUAUAAAACUUUAACAUUAUAUUGUUAAUUAUGUUUUUACUAAAUGAUGCUAAACUUUGUAGCAAAAGAAAGAUUAUAUUUUUACAGUCCUGUAACUUCUUUUGUCAGAAAACUGUUUUAUCUUUUUUAUGCCCUAACUAUGUAAGCAAAUUGUUUGGUUUUGAUUUUUGUAAAUCCUGUAUUUAAAUGUUUGGAAGGUACAAUAAGAACAUUUUUAACUUUAAAGGUACAAUGAUAUAAUUUUGGAUGGCAAAAAAUGAAAAAUUGUAUUAUUUGUACCAUUGAAGCUGGAAAUUGUUGUUUAAAUAUUUGUUUGUUGGAAGUUGAUUAUAUGUUCUUUUGAAUAUUGGAAUCACUGUUGUUUUUUAUGUAAGAAAUACAAAUUAUAAAGCUUUUGAUAAUUAGUAAACAACUAUGAGGCUUCAUUUGAACAUAACUGAUUUUUACCACACUCGCUGUCAGAAUCAUAAAUGUAUGGACCUCGUAUUGUUGCAAUAAACUUUUAAAUUUAUGUUUUGAACUGAGUCAUUUAUGUCAUCUAAAGGUGAAUGGAAAGUACUAGAAUAUGAUCAAAUGAAAUGGAUUUAAUUGAUUUAAUUUUAAGUUGAUUUGUUAGUUUUUUGUGAAAAUUAAAAAAGUAUAGGCUUUGAUUGUAAAUUUCAUAAGAUUUUUUUUCUGCAUAGUGACAAUUUUUCAGAUUUUUUUUAUUUUUAUUUUUUUGCAGUAAAUGAUGUUGGGGUUUUUUUUGGAUUUUUUUUUCUAUUUUUCUUCACCAAAGUUUUAGUAUGUUAAAUGUUGGGAUAUUGUUAUCUCGAGGACCUUUUGAUCUGGCACUAGUUCAGCUUGUGGGUAUUUUGCUGUUGCAGGAUUACAUAGGCCAGUAAGUGUGAUACAAACUUAGCAAAAUACAGGAGACUUAUGAGAUCAAAAAACUCUGUAAAUAAUCCUUAAUUGUUAUUUAUAGAAUACCUCAUAUUUAAACUAUAUGUUAAUUGGGUAAUCACAAUUCUGUUGAAAGCUUUAUAAAGAAUUUAGAUGAAUGAUGUUAAACUGAAUGGUCUUGCUUAGUUGUCUAACUUGACAAUACUAUUCCUUUUAAGGAAAUCUCCAAAUCGGUGCUGACUGAUUUUCAGAUUAACUAACAAUGCAGAAAAUUGAUCAGACUGCACAAAAGUGCUGACUGGCCUUGGUCUUCACUGGUCACAUGGGUAGAUUCAGUUGCCACUUGAGCGCUAAAGGUUCAAGUUUUUGUUUUAAUUGGAUGACAUCUAAGCAAUAUAUAGAGUAUAUUCAAUAUUUACUAUAAAUACAGGAUUUAUUUUCAUUGAGUGGCAUAAAAAGAAGUAUUUUGUUAGUCGCAGAAUUUACAGGAAAAUCUUGAAUAUCCUUUAGUAGAUUAACAGUUCUGGAUAAAGAAAUGUGACAUUGUAAUUAAAUACUCUCAAUCAUCUAAUUUAAUUAUUAUACUAUGUAUGUAACUUUAUAAUUUUUAUCUUUGACAUCCAUUGUUAUAUUAAUUGUCUGAAGAUUGAUUUAAUUGCUUUGAAUGUAUACUGAAAUUGAUCAUUUAUUAAAGAUUUAUGUUUAACUAUUGGUAAUGACAGAUGAAAUGCUUGUAUUAUACUUUCAGCUUAAGUUUCAUGUUGAUAAUCGUUAAACAUAUUAAGUUUUAGCAUGUUCUAUUGGUGCCAUUUAGAUAUAGUAGCCUUUGCCAGUGUAGUUAUUCAUGAAUCUGAAAGAUAUUUGAGGAAAUGAUUGGAAAAAAAACAAGUCAUUUCUUUUUCUUUUUCAAACAUUUUAUAAGAAACAACUUUAAUAACAAUUGUAUAAGUAUUUCAAAAAUAGUAAUAAUUACAUUAGUGUAUAAGGUACUUUGAAAUUUUUACUGUAAGUUCUUUGCUAUAUAGGGCUAUUAUACCACUAAUCAUGAUUUUCCAUUGUAUUGAUACUCUUAUAAUAUUUAUAUAUUCUGUUAAAAUGAGAUAUUUCCAAGGUUACGUAGUCUUUAUUACAACAAUCUGUUUAGCUAUGAUUAUGCAUUUUGACAUGUACAGACAUUGUAUUAGAGGCAUACAUUGUGUUGUAUUAUACUUGAUAUGUUGUAAUUAAGAUUGUGCAUAAUUUACGCUUGUAAGUUAUACAUCUAGUACAAUUACAAAAUAAAUUAGAAAGGAUAGUUUAAGCACAAAAAAAAGGGGGGAAAUGUAAUUCAGUUUUGAAGAAAUCAUGUUAAUAAUUUCAAUAUGUAAGAGUUUAAUAUAUCACUUCUGAAAAUGUAUAACAUUAAUAUUAUGAUACUUAUAUCAGUUCUAGUAAAUACAGUUAAGUUUCUAAAUCAAUACCCAUUUUAAUAAAGGCUGUUUUAUAUAUGUUUAUUCUGUUAUACAAUUGUAGGGACUAGUAUCUUGACCGGAACAAACUUUAAAUAGUAUGAGAAGUUAUAUGGACUGUCCUGUGGCCUCAAAUAAGUAAAAAAAGGUACAAUAAGUAGUUACAAGUCUAUGGAACCAUUGUAACUGUUAAAAAAAUUUAACCAGACAAUGGCAGAAUGUAUCGGCAAUGUAUCAAUACCUCAGCAUUGUGUCGUGAUACUGUAUUGUUAGGGCAAUAAUCAUGAUGUAUUUAUGUGAUGAUAUCAGAUCAUCUCUAAUGCAGAAUUCACUUUUAUUAUACUUUUGCGAUAUUUUCAAAGUUAACCUGUAAAGUCAUUUAAGUUUAUUGUUUAGAUCAGUCUUGGGAUAUACAUGUUGUUCAGUUAUGUAAAUUUGCCUAUGAGAUCCUGGCAUUUAAGACAGGUCACUUAACUGGUCAUCAUUUUCAGGUUAAAUAUAUACAAAGAUUGAAGUACUUCAAUAUUUUUGGAUGGCUGUAACUUUUAAGUGUCAUAUUUGUAAAUCGUUAUAUGUACAUCAGAUAACAAAUUAAUAUAUCCCUUGAUAGUUGAAUAGUGGUUUUGUAUUAACAUUUUGAUUGUUGACUUAAAAGGAGAGAAAUACUUUUCUUUUUACAUGGCCAUGCAAGAUUUCUUUUAAUGAUACUAAAGAUUGUAACUAUCUCCCUGCCUUGUGCACAUUCUUCAUUUAGUUAUUUUAUAUAUGUUACAAUAAUGUAUUGUUAAUAUAUCAAGACAUAAAUUUUUGCUAAAUAUUGAAAGAUCAUUAUAAAAUCUGUGUCCAAUGUGUCCAUCUUUGCAGAACAGUUUUAUAAUCAGUUCUCCAGUCUAAUUUUAUGUAAAUCAUGAUUGUUAAAUACAUGUACAACUGUCACAAAGUUGUCAUAUUGCAUUUAGUUUUUCAAAUUGUUGUUUUAAAUUUACUCAUAAGUUUUAAAUCAGUUUUCAGUGGAUCUUGUUUUAAAUGUUCAUUUUAAGAAACUGUUUUCUGUGUUGACAUUGUUGUAAAAAUAAGUUGUAAAUAAAACCAUCAUACCAUC